AUGGAAUCAUUUGAGAAACAGUUCAAGAAAAAAGAGCGAGAGCUGGAGCUCCAGAAGAUGCAGUAUGAAGCCAAAUUGGCGGAGCAGUGCAGGGCUCGCUCUGACCUGGAGGUGGCACUCAAAGACGUCCUGCAGUUUCUGAAGAUCAGUGAAACGUCUCCAUCUGAAGCCGCUCUGCUGAAGAUCCCAGCGCUGGACAAACUCAAGUCCUCAGAUUUGAAGAGUGGUGAGUCCCUGCUGCAGUCCCACCUCCAUCAGCUGAUCGGCCGCAAUGAGGAGCUGAGGUUGGAGCUGAAGACGGCAAGAGCGGAGGCCACCAGCGCCAUCGGGCAACUGGCCACAGCUCAGGAGAAGGUGAAUCGGCUGCAGACUGAUGUGGACCUGCUGCAGAAGUCCAGUCCUGGAUUAGUCCUGAGACCGAUUCCUCUUCCUCAAGAUCUGGACCUAAGCAGCACCGAGGCCAUUAGCUCUCUGAACGAAUACGUCGUCAGACUACUGCAGGAGCUGAAGAACCAGGAGGAUAUGACCAACGACUUGACCUCAACCUUAGAAGAAUACAAAGAGAAGUUUGCAGUGAUCAGCCACCAGCAGGGCCUGCUGUACCAGGACUACCUCAGUGAUAAAUCCAAGUGGGAGAAGGAGAAAGAGGCUUUCACACGGACAAAAAGCAAACUGGAAGAGCAACAGCAGGUGGACGCUGUCAAGGUCAAACAGUUCAACAACCCCAGUAGGGUAUUAGAGGUGGUACUGUGA